GCAAUCUUUAGUUGCAGCACGCCUCAGUCGGACCGACAGCGAGUCUAUCCAUGCUUGAGAUUUUCGAAAGGACUAGCUAUGGACCCCCAGCUGAUGAUCGACACGCCAUUCUUGGACACGAUGGACAUGAAGGCUUGCGUCAUCCUGAUGAAAAGGCAAGAAGCGUCUAGGAGACCAUGGGGAUAUGUUGUGCUACCACAAGGCUCUGGAAGUGGUUUUUCAAAAGGAUUGGGGGAUAGCUGAAGUAUCAGAGAUUUGCGAGCUCAUUCAGUACAGUAACCGCGGAAACGACCAUCUUUCCGCCAGAAUGUGGAAAGAUGCCCACGCACGACUUCGCCGGUUCCGUUGAUACCAUUCCCUGCCCUUCAACAGUUAUCUUCUCUUCCACACUCGGCACUGAAGAACCUUUCGCCGUUCAUACUUCAGGCCAAUUCUUCAACAGAAACUAUACAAUCCCCUCGAAAAUCGUCACAGCUCCGAUCAUCACCACAACCGCCAGCCAUGAUAUUAGCUUUGGACCCCGGAGAUUUGAAUCGUUAUAUGGUCGAAGAUCGUAAGUGACGGCCCUUCACAUCCUCUCAGACAUCCAUGAUUCUGACCGCGCUUCACCGUGCAGUUGGUCGUGAAUGCUGCUCAUCGCCAUCGGACGAUGAAACAGACGACGCAGAUGACGUUUCCUCUUGCGAUUCCGAAACCUGCACCUCUUCUUCCGCCUCCUCGGCGCAUGGUUCUACUUCCACAGCUUCCCACCUUCAGUCCAAUCAAUCCCCUACCCCUACUCUGGAACCGAGUCACACAAAAUACCCACCUAUGACCUAUAGAUAUACCUCCAUGAGAGGCCCGACCCUCCACCUGUUCACGCACACGUAUCUCACCAGCGGCCUCCGGCCCGGGACAUUCCGCCUCUGUGCCUCUUACGGCGUUGGACUCACCCCUUCAGCCUACCCUCCCUCCCGCAACAUCUCAUUGGAAGACGAUACCCCAACUACCAUGCCACCACCAAGCAGAAGAAUCUACCUCAUCUACCACAUUGCCAGAUUGUUGUUACAACAAGGCAUCGACGGAUUCUUUGGGCAUGAUGGGACGAUGGUGGAUAGUAAGGCAGAGGGCCAGAGGCGGCUCAUUGACAUGAAGUCCGUCCUUGGGUGGAUGGUGUACGAUCUCGCAAAGUGCUUGGAGCAGCUUUUGGAGCCCGGGUUUUACAUCCGUUCUUGGGCAUGCGUAGAUAGGCAACACUUUGACUGUAUCGCAUCCGAUUUCUGGGGGCUCCCUAUGGUCAAGAAAUAUGCUGGGAAACAGGUGCAGAUUGGGAAGAGGUUCGUGGCGCGGGAGAUGGAGCAGGCGACAGAAGCUCCUGUCCGGAUCAAGCGAAUAUACACGAAUGUCUUUGCGUAAUGGGAAGGUACCGCGAAGGAUAUAGAUGCAUAUAUGGAAACGUGUGCGGAACAGGUAAACCCAUGC